UCGCCGGAACAUAAUGUGGACACGACACAUUUCUGGUCGGAACCUUUAUUGCGAACUCCUGAGUGGCGCUUUUUGGACGCCGUCUCAUUUGAAACAUGCCGAAGUUUUAUUGUGACUACUGUGACACCUACCUCACACACGAUUCGCCAUCGGUGAGGAAGACCCACUGCAGUGGUCGAAAACACAAAGAAAAUGUAAAGGACUACUACCAGAAAUGGAUGGAGGAGCAGGCCCAGAGCCUCAUUGAUAAAACCACGGCUGCUUUUCAACAAGGAAAAAUUCCUCCCACGCCAUUUGCAGGUGCCCCCCCUCCUGGUGGUCCUCCACGUCCAGGCAUGCUGCCCACGCCGCCCAUGGCUGGGCCUCCCAUGAUGCCAAUGAUGGGACCUCCACCUCACGGAAUGAUGCCUGGCGGGCCUGGAAUGCGGCCACCGAUGGGAGCGCCCAUGCAGAUGAUGCCGGGCCCACCUCACAUGAUGCGUCACCCUCGACCCAUGAUGAUGCCGGUCCGGCCCGGCAUGAUGAGACCGGACAGAUAAUACUGGCAUCACUGAUAUUUGCUGCUGAUGUUAAGUGUUUUUGCCACAAGGAGGGACUGCACACUUAUGACACCAGUCUGUUUGAUUCGCUUCAAAGUUUCAACCAACCACAGGUUUCACUUAUUGUCAGUCAAUGUAUUUAUUCCUACUUAAUUCCAGACCCUCAACUUCGAUAGAUGUCAUUCUCGUGUUUUUAGUGUUCUGGCACCCCUGCCCAAACAUGGAGUUUUAUUUUGACCAUUUUAUUGCAAAAAGAAACAUUUGGGUUUUUUUUCUAUUUCUGUUUUGAGAAAUAAAGCAGUCAUUUAAAAGCCA